AAUGCGGUUACACGGUAUGGCCGGGAGUUCUGGCCAAUGCCGGCAGUGCCGGAUUGAAUACCACCGGGUUCGAGCUUGCGCCGGGGGCGUGGCGGAGUUUCCGGGGGACGUCGAGUUGGUCCGGCCGGAUUUGGGGGAGAACCGGCUGUAAUUUCGACGCCGGAAGUGGAGUGGGAAGCUGCGCCACCGGCGACUGCCGGUCCAAUCAGGUGGAAUGCAAUGGCGCCGGCGCAACACCUCCGGCGACGCUGGCGGAGUUCACGAUCGCGUCAUCGGGCGCUAAUAAUAUGGACUUCUACGACGUCAGCCUGGUGGACGGGUACAACUUGCCAAUGCAAGUAGAGGCCAUUGGCGGGACCGGAGCGUGCGGGUCAACCGGUUGCGCCGCGGACGUGAACCGGAUUUGCCCGAAGGAGCUCCGGUCCGGAGACGGGCUGGCAUGCAGAAGCGCGUGCGACGCAUUAGGCAACCCGGAAUACUGUUGCAGCGGCGCGUACGGUUCACCUUCGACAUGUCAACCGUCGAUGUACUCUCAAAUCUUCAUAAAUGCAUGCCCCACGUCUUAUAGCUACGGCUACGAUGACGCCACUAGUACGUUUACGUGCUCAGGCGCCGAUUAUAAAAUUACAUUCUGCCCUCCAACCACAAGUGGACCAGGAGCAUCGAGUGGACCUCCGGCGGCUCCGGCGGUUCCGGCGAGUGGACCUCCGGCGGUUCCGGCGAGUAGACAGCCGCAGGAUGGAUUCCCGACUUUUGGGUGGCCUUGGAGACCUGGAAUCGUAACGGGAGAUACAGCAAUGGCAAUGUCCCACUUUGCCUUGCAUUUUAAGUCUCCACUGACCUUAGGUAUUGCCUUUUUUAUUCUCUCUUUUCUUCACUUGCUCUUAGUAUUAUGAACGAAAUGAACGAACAGAUUAUCCAUUUAUUCCUCCUCAAACGUGUAUCCAAGUCACGUACCAUACAUGGAUAAAAAAAAAAAAAU